UACCUCUUUGAAAAAUCAUCUCAUCCUGCUGGACCCACAAUCAACCAUUAUCACCUAUCCAGUCCCCAUUUGCACCUAACGAUUUCAAAUUAAAAAAAAAAAACAUACAAAAAGUCCAUAAUUUCUAAAGAAAAAAAAACACCAAAGAGCUUCUUUCUAUAUAAGCACACUAGCUCUCAACAAAUCCACAUUGUGUGUCUUCUCUUCUCCAUAUCACACUACACAACACAUCAUGGCUUUCUCCACUAGAAGCUCCAUCUUCUUCUUCUUCACAACACUUGUUCUUCUCUCCACUCAAAUCAAUGCAAGAGACAGCUACUUCUUUGGCAAAUUCCACCGAGAAACCACCAAAGACCAAAACCCUAACAAUGUCCUCCCUCUUGAGACCAGUGAGAAAACCACAGUAGAAGAAUCCUUCCCUAACAAGAAAGAACAAGAACAAGAUCCAACCUUCCUCCCACAGUCAGAAAAUGGUUAUGGCUUGUAUGGUCAUGAGACCACCUACAACAACAACAAAGAAGAGUUCAACAACAACAACAAGUACGAUGAAAAAUUCAACGGCGAGACUUUCUCCACUCCAACCUUGAGCGAGACCGAAGAGUCUUACAACAACUACGACGAAAAGUACCCGAAGAAGACGGAGAGUUAUGACAACAACGAAGAGUUCAACAACAACAAGUACGAUGAAAACGUUAAGGAGAAGUCAUUCUCCAAGAACAAUGAAGACAAGAGAAGCUUCUACAACUCCAAUGCUUACGAGACGGAAUUAGAACUUGAAACCCCAUACAAAGGUUACAGCCACAAUUUGGAGAGACAAGGCAUGAGUGACACAAGAUUCAUGGAGAAAGGUAACUAUUACUACGACCUUUACAACGACAGAAACCAUGGCCAUUUCUACCGUAAACCUCAUCAGAAAAGCCCUGCCGGUUAUUAUUCUUCUCCCACGACUGAGAAUAGGUAUUACCAGUCGUAUUCCUAUGGAAACAACAACUACAACAGCGAGGAGGAGAAGAGGUUCAAGGAUCAGUACAAUUCUAAGUGGGAGAAGAACAUGAUGAACGAACAGCAAGAGGAGUUUGCUGAGGAGCAAGGAGAUCAGUUCAAGCCUUGAUGAAUAUUUGUUAUUUGAUUUCCUCUCGAGAUCACUACACUCUUAUUAGUAAUUUUCGUUUGUUUCAACUAAGUUAUUUUACUUAUGGUUGAUUAGUCAAAGUAAAUCUUUGUUAUAAUUACCAUAAAUCAAAAGUGAAAAAUAAGAGAAAUGGUUUUUUUUUGUGUGAUUUUUGAAAUGGGUUUGUAAACUUUGAUGUUUGCGUUUGCAAAUAAUAUCCAGAGUGGUAUAUGGUGCUAAUUCGUG